AUGAAAAGCUCAGUGAAUAUAGCUGAAGUGAAAAAGCUGAGGAAGCACCAUCACCUGUGGCCCUCCCUGUUCGUGUACCCCGAGGAGUCCCUGGUGAAUGGGAGCACAACCCUGUUCAAUGGGCUGCUCACCAAGUGUCUGGAGAAGGAUGUUGUGGCAGUGUGCAGAUACACCCCUCGCCAGAACAUCUCCCCUUAUUUUGUGGCCUUGAUACCACAGGAAGAGAAGCUGGAUGACCAGAAAGUUCAAGUGACUCCUCCAGGCUUCCAGCUGGUGUUCCUGCCCUAUGCUGAUGACAAAUGGAAGGUGGUGCCCUUUACUGAAAACGUCACGGAAAACCCAGAGCAGAUAGACAAGAUGAAGGCUAUUGUUCAGAGGCUCCGCUUCAAAUACAGAAGUGACAGCUUUGAGAAUCCAGUGCUGCAGCAGCACUUUAGGAACCUGGAGGCCUUGGCUUUGAAUAAGAUGGAGCCUGAACAAGCAGUAGACCUGACAAUGCCCAAGAUUGAAGAAAUGGAUGAAAGACUUGGCUCUCUGGUCGAUGAGUUUAAGGAACUUGUCUACCCACCGGAUUACGAUUCUAAGGGAAAAGUUCCCAGGGAGAAACAAGGUAGUGAAGAUUCUGGAAGCAAAAGGCCCAAGGUAGAAUUUUCUGAAGAGGAGCUGAAGGCCCAUGUCAACAAGGGCACACUGGGGAAAUUCACUGUGCCGAUGCUUAAGGGAGCCUGCAGGGUUUUGGGGUUGAAGGGUGGGAUGAAGAAGCAGGAGCUGCUGGACAUGCUCACCAAGCACUUCCAGAAGGACUGACUAGAGACUAGCCAGCCAACCACCCUUCCACACUGU